AUAAAGGGGGUGGUACAGUAUAGUGAUAAAAAUCAACUGUAGGACGCGAGAUAUUUAUAAGGGUAUCGACCAGAUCUCAAAGCUUGUGAAAUAAUGCACGGUGAGACAUUCGAGGUUUUCAUCCAUAAUUAGCCGUUUCGUAUAUCAACACCGAUGAUGAUGGAUGAUUUCAUGGAAGCUCAAUGAAUACAUGGAAUAACAAGAGACAAUAACAUAUCAUCCUGAUAAGACAAAUGGGAAUUUAAGCGUAUGAGAUGGAACCAUCGAAGAGCUGUGAUAUCACUAGAGGGCAUGAACACUACCUUUGUCAUAUAUUAUUACUGGAACAAGCUUCGCCCAUCGCAUUAAAGGCCAUAAUUAAAAAGGAAGAGAAAACAUGUGGAAAAAGUAUUGGUACUUUGCUAAAUGAGAAUAGAGAUGCCUUUAAGACCCUGUACGAAACAGAGUAUCCUCAAAUAUUUCAAGAAGAAGAUGUCAAUGACGACAUUGAUACGUGGAACACUCUUCAAUUAUGUGCUGUGAUAUUAGUUUUGUUUAAAUCUGAUCUAACUGAACCAGAAGUUAAAGCCAUUCAAUGUGUAUAUGAUCAGAGGAAAGAUAUUGAACAAUACACCGAAUGUGCCUCCCUAACAUUCAAUACCUACAACGAGAAACAACAUUUAUUGCACGAUCAAUUACUCGAGUUGAUAACGCUCAUAGACGACCAAGCUAAUCUUGAUUGUAAACGUAUGAUGUUUUCAUUUGAAUCAAAAUCAAUUAAAUUAAGCGAAACACAGAUAGACAAACUAACACAGACAAAUGAUAUCAAAACUCAUCUUAAAAUUGCAAUUGAUGUAGAUGUCGUAACAGAGAAUGAUAUCAUUUGCGAAGAGAACCACCAAAAGCUCCAGACCAAUGGCCAAAUGUUCAUUGAAGAACUUCAGAACAAAUAUGUCUACAUCAAUGAUUCAGCUAUUUUGACUUGUAAACUCAACCUUCCAACAGAUGGAAAUGUUGAAUGGAGGAAAGAUUUCAAGCCGGUUGAAAUUUCAAACAAUCUUAUGGUCAUGAGCAAGAAUGGCAAUCAUUGGUUAGCGAUUUCCCAUGCAUCAUUGGAAGAUACGGGUCAAUAUACGUGUGUAUGUGGCCAUAUUUCAACAUCAGCUGAUCUUACUGUUAUAGAUGAAGCAUUAAGUGUGGUCGUUCAUUUCCCAGUCAAGAUUGAGGUUAUUGAAAAUGGAAACAUUGAUAUAGAGUGUAAGGUGAACCUGCUUACGAGUAAACCUGUUUGGCGACACAAAGGAAAACUUCUACAAUCGUCUGGUAGAAAGGUUAUACAAGCAAAGGGUUCUACACACAAAUUGAUGAUCAUGAAUGUAACAUUAGACGACGAGGGUGAAUAUACAGUUGACUUUGGGAAUGUCUCAUCUAAAACAACAGUUCAAAUACAAGGGGAAACAGACCUUAUACACAGAAAACAGAUAACACAAGAAUUGUACAGAAAUUGGAUGAGAGGAGCUCUAGCGUUAAAAUAUUUAAAAAUCGGGUUAGAGGGUUUUUCCGACAAAGUUGUUUACAAACAACAUAAUGAUCUAAUGAAACUUGGACACUCCUGCAACACUUGUACAGAGGAAAGUCUUCUCCCACAUAAACAAGAUCAAUGCCCACGACAAAGAAAACAUCAAUGUUUAUGUACCAAAGUUCAGAAACAGAAGUCAAGACAAAUGUGUCCAAAUGGGGGAUUUUAUGGCAACGUUUAUAAUCAAAUAGUUUAUAAACAUCGUUUUCAAGAUCCAUUAUUCACAAAUACAGAUAUCCAAAAAUGGAGCAGUGAUGCGUGGAGUGUUGCUACAUGCUUUGUUUCUACUACUGGCUACAAAUGCAAGCGAUCAGCUAAAGAGGUCGACUGUUCCGGUUUACUUAGUAUGUGUAUAAACAACAUUGAUAUAGAAAUAAUGCUUGGAGGAGUUACCAUCGAUGGAAAAAUAGAUGCCUUUGCAAAGGCAAGGGAAGCGAGGAAUGAUAUUCUUCACAGUCCAAACUAUGAACUAUCUGAAAAUGAACUAAACAAGUUUAUCAGAAUGUUCAAAGAAGUACUAGAAAUCAAGGACAAACGUGGUAAUACACCUUUGAAAGGGGAGCCAGGCGUAGAAGGAGCAUUACGUUUACUAGAUAUGGUGCAACAAAAUCAAAUUGAGAUGAACCUUGAACGUGACGUGAGAGAAUUGAGAGAGCAUGGCAUGUUUAGAUUAGAAGAGAAAUACAAGACAGCAGAAAAACAGCGUGAACUGAAACUUCAACUUAUAGAGCAACAAAUAAAAGAUAAAGAAAAUGAGCUUCAGCUUAUGCUAAAUCUUAGAUCUGCGGGAAAACAAAAGAAUCUUAAAGAGCACUUCUUGCUUGAUCUACAGAUAAAUGUUAUUGCUAAAAAUUGUGAAAAAAGUGCUGAAGGGAAUCAACGAGUUUAUGAAGUAAUGAGAGAUUAUAUUAAAGAUAGAGAUGAUAUGACUAGUUCGCCUUUGGAUGAAAAAUCAACUGAUACACCAGUCUAUCACCUCGUAAAUUUCAUACAGGCCAUGAAGGAAUGCAGGAUCGUUGAUAUUUCUACCACUGACCAAUCGUCAAUAGACAUACAAAUCAACUGCCCCAAUUCGAAGGCCAUGGAAGAUUUUCUAAAGUCUAUCAUCAGAAACGAAUUUCAACAAAAACUGUUUGACCUUAGACGAUGGCUGCAUGUGAAAUAUGACAUUGAAUCGCAUGACAUAAUUGCCAAUUGCUCAUCAAAUAGCAUAGAGAAAGCAAAACAUCAUCUGCACUUUACUGACUUUACCAGAACAAUGACAUGUGCCGAGCAUCAAAAUACACAAUGUACUCUCUAUUGUCCUGACCAUGACACAUUUUUAUGUACAGCAUGCAGGGAAUCAACACAUAGCACAUGUCUUGGAAUAAAAGAAGUUAUAUCUGAAAGGUCUUACGUUGAACAGAAACGUCGUCUCAACAUCAAAAGUCUAAAAGGAACGUAUAACGUUAGGAUAGAGAAGUCUUUGAGAAAUGGAGACAACCAUUAUCAAGAUGUGUGUUAUAUCACUAGUAUGUGCAUGCUUCCUAAUGAUGAAGUUCUCUUUGUUGAUAUCAGGAAUAAAAGACUGACGAAAUUGGACUGUUCGUACAAGGUAACUAGUCACUGUGAUGUACCUGGAAAUCCCUAUUCUGUAUGUUAUAUAUGCCACGAUACAGCUGUUGCUGGUUUAAGAGGCAAUACCAUACAGUACGUGAAUGUGUCAGGUAAUAUAAACCUAAGACAUUUAGUGGAGCUAGAUCAUGAAUGUUACGAUCUAGUUUGUCACGGUGACACACUUUAUGUUACCAGUGGAGACACAAUUUACAAAUAUGACAAAUACUUUAAACAAAAGCAAAGUAUCUAUCAUUAUCGUGAGAAUCUGGAUAUAUUCUACAUACCUUCAAUUGGUAUAAGUGACAAUGGUGAGCGAAUCUACUUUGGUACAAAUAAAAUACUAACUACAAUAGAUGCCAAAGGAAAUCAUAUAUUCAGCGAACAAUUAGACAUACAUGAUGUAUGUUUUGCUGGUGAAGGUAUUGUUCUUGUAUUAGAUGCAAAAAACAAUCUUCAUCAGCUGGAUUAUAAUGAUAAAAAUCAUCGGACUGUAGAUAUCAUGCCAUUAAAUAUUGUAGUUCUGCGUUCUUUGUGUUUCGACAGAGAAAGAUGUAGACUUAUUGUUGGUGGUGAUGCAGACAAGAUAUAUGUUUACAAAUGCGGGUUUUUGUUAAAUUAGUAAAUAAAAAUGUUUUGGUAAUUUUAAAACCAAGAACCAAAUGAAAAAUGCAUUGCUUAACUACUUUUGUUUAUCAAAUUAAUAAGUUUGUAAGUUGGCUUAUUUCUUCCUUGAGUCAUUGCUUAAUAUUAUGAUGCCGCACAUAUUUAUCUUGAAUAUAUUUGUAAUUACAUGUAACUAUAUAUAUAUAUCAUGAUAGCUUUUUCAUAACAAAGGUUCAAUAGUUACAAGUUUGAAUCUGUUUAAAUUCAAAUCAAGACAAUUCAACAACAAGACAAUCUCGUUAAAGGUCUAACGAAUUAAUUGAGGAUUGAUUCAUCCCGCAUUUUGCCAUUUUUACUAACACUCCUUCAUGCCUUUUUUUGCAAAAUAAUAAUAAGUUUUAAGGAAAAAAGUAAAUAAUCGAUCAUUUAUUGGUCACAUGAAAAUAAAAUAUCCAUUAUAACUCAUCAACGGAAAACAAACACGACAUAUGCAUUCAUCAUAAAGACUGCAGUACUAUAUAAAAUGAAAUUAACGUCGUAUUCAAUUAUUUCAAUACUUCACAGUGGAUACAUAACAAACCGUGUCCUACUAGGAUCUUGCGGGCUAAAAAAACGCGAUUUUGCCUGCGCCAAGAUCGGUUUGACAUGUUUUAUUUUGUUUUCGAUUGAGUUGUGUGCUUACGUAUAGGUGUGUAAAUGCGUGCGUGUAUUGGUAUGUGUGAUCCUAAUGAUAAAAUUUUAUUUCGAGAAUAUUAAACGGAAAUUGGUGUUAAAUAGACAUUUGUAAAAAGGAAUAUUUUUCGUAAGAAAUGGUAAAUCAGUCGUUACAAAUUGCUAUCUAUAUCUACCAUGUCCAUAUAAAAGAUAAUAACAAAUGUUCUUACACUAAAACACGCUUCUUUCUUUGAAUUACGCGAUUUUAAGCUCGCGUCAUCCGGAUGAGAUACAAUCUUUUUACCCAUUGUGAUACGUUGAACCCAUCGUCUGAAAAAUCAAUCAAUUUGUGAUCUGUGAUACAAUCAAUCUGUGAUAAACUGUUGUGAAAUGGAUCUAAAAACAUGAUGAAUUGAUGAAUCAUAGCCACGCUCCUUGUGUUUAAAUUGAUCCCAGAGCAAUCUGUUAUAGGUGUCGUAUUGUUUACCUUUAUAAGCAUUUUUUGCAUUAUUAUGAAAAAGGUACCUUGGAAAAAAACAUGAUAACGUCAAAUGAAUGUACUAAUAUCAAUUAAUAUAACAUAUUGCAACUUUACAAAAUUGAAAAUCGUUUUUUUUUAUUAUUGGUCGCCAGCAUGAAAAUUUUUGAUCAUCAUGCACAAUGCGCACGUGCUUAUUCAAUGUUUCAUGUUUUACUAGUAUUUUGAAUACAGGGAUGUUGGGGUUACUUUCAGAGACAAACAAUAGCGCAAAUAAGACGAAUUCAAUGUCAGUUGUGACAAAAUUCAAUGCAAAGUUUAUCACAAUCUUGGUUUUGUUCCUCUAGUGUCAUAUGUCGCUCUUGGAAUUACGUUCCCUGUGUUUAUGUGAAUACUUAUACGAAAACACAAACUGCAAAUAAAUAUUUUUACUCUA